AUGGCAGGACCCACACAGCCUAGGCGCGUAACAAGGAGUCAGAGUCCUGGUUAUCAGCACAUUUCUUUGAAGAGCACCAGAAACCUCGGGAAAGGCAAGGCCGUUGAUCAGCGGCUGGAAACCGUUACAGAAGAGACACCCAUCUCGUCACGUCAAACCUCUUUGUCUAAACAUAGCUCUCCUGUAGUACAGGGAACUCCUGAACAAGCGGAAGCAAACCACAACAUUUCCGGUACCACCUUUUUAGAGGCAGAAGAUUUUGAAACAGACAGCGAAGAUGAGGCCUCAGAUGAUCCAAUCAUUAUGCUGGACGAGCUCCCGGACCUUCAGCAAGCGGCCUCUGGAUUGAUGAACUUACUGGUCUCCAAUCAACAGGAUCCGAUAGCGAUUGUGAAUGCAGCAAAGCGCAUACGGGUAGCUGGUCCAAGCAAUAAGGACUACAGGCGACUCAAAUCACACUGCAAAAAACUUGUUGAGCGAAUGAAGAAGUAUGGCAACGCUGCAUUCGUUGAUGUCCCUCGUAUUCGGGAUAUUAUUCCCACCAUCUCUGCAAGAGUCGAUGAGAAGCCAUGGAGUCCAUCACCAAUCCUACACAGCGCAAACUGCGCCAGAUUGGCUUAUGAGGUUCUAUUGUCAACUGCAGAGUCAGAGCCAGCAAGACAGGUGGUCAAAAGUCUCAACAGUCAGUUUCCAGCUCCAUUUUUGGACCAAUUUGUCAAAGGCCGCGAUUCAAACCUGGUCGGUUUUAGUGCGGUUGAAAAGGCCGCGUGGGAGCUUGCGCUGGAGAUCAGAACCCAGUAUUUUCUCAUGGAAUACGAGCGAUGUCAAAGUGAGAAAGGCUUUGAUCCAAGUCUUCUGCUUCGGACGGUCUUCUAUGAUGAAUCAAAGUACGAGGGUGGUGACUUGGAUUCUCGGUGGCUUCGGGGGUUUUCUGUGACGCCAUUCCAUGAUGAAAACGGGUGUCUUCCAGACCGGUUUCAUGAUGCUGCUCUCGAUCAUAUUGGAGAACUGGAACUUGAACUGACUGACGAUGAUGGUGCCCUCAAUGUGAAAGGCCUUAGAGCCGCCUUUUCCUGGCAAAGAUUCACUGUCCGCACCGCCCGUUUCCUUCACAGUCGUGAUAAAGAAAUCCGACGUGACCUCAAAUCCCAGGCAGAUUUUGAUGAUGUCCAUGAUCUUCUGGAAAGGAAGAUCAAGGGCGAGAGUGUUCUCAAUGAGACACAUGUGCAAGAGGAUUCGAGCGUUUUCCCUGAUGAUUCACUAUUCCAAGCUACGACUCCAAACAACCGCGACCCGGAGAAGAAUCAGCCCCUACGGGAAAUGUCCCCGCCCGCGCAGCAAAGAUCAUUUGCCACAGAAACCACGCUUACAGGGUCACCUCAGAAAUCCAUUGGACAGCCUAGUCCGGUCAGUCUGGGCAAACGGCCCGCGGAUUCACGUCCCCAUCGAAGAAAAUCUGGCAAGAACCAAUUCUUAAACAUGGAUUCUAUCUCUCGUUUUAAGCAACGAUUGGUCAGUGUCGCGUCAGAUUCGCCCGUUCAACAGCGUCCAGUACCUCAGGAUACUACCGGAAAUAAAGGAACCGUCGCAGAGAACCAUAUUGAUGACUAUGUGCCUUUUGACGAUACGAACGAGGAUUUCGACCUCAGCGGCGAGCCGGACGAAUCUACCACCCCGCCUGGUUCUGCCCGAACCAGACAGGUGAGCUACAAUCCCAGUCUGCAGUUUGAUUCGCCUGGCCCAAGUCGACUUCGAGCGCCACCCAUGACGAAUGACGAGCAGGAAAGCCAGCCAGCCCAGAAAGCCGGGGAAGCGAGCCUUCAGACUCCCCAACGAACAAUCUUUGACCGUCAGAACGAUGCUAGAAGAGUUUCCCCCAUCGAUGAAACCGAGACCCAGAGUGCAGAACGGCGACCAGCUCGGCCUAAUGGAGAAAACUCCAGGAAACGUGCCCGUGGCGAUACAGAAGAAGAGUCUGAUGAUGAUUUCGAGCAAGAUUCGCGUGCGAGCAAUACUGCCACCAAGCGAGCUAUCAAGCCUCCGCCAAAGCGACAUGCCCCCGCGCGCCAGGAACGAGAUGAGACCUUGGAGAGUGCCAGCGAAGCAGGCGAACAACUACAGCAGCAACUCAUAUCCAGCCAAGCUGCUGCCCGGAAAAUGCCCUGGUCAUCAUCCACAGCAACCACUCAAGAACUGGCGCCAGCGCCAGCGUUAGCGCCAGCUCCGACUGUCCAAUCUGCUUGGGCCGCCCGCAACAUCAGUGCCCAACGGCCUCCUGGUAAAGGUGGCAAGUGGUCCCAAGAAGAAGACGAUCGAAUCAUUCGCGGGGUCGCUGUUCACGGCACAUCCUGGUCCACUAUCAUAAAGGAAGAUAAACUGUGUCCGGAUCGUGAUGGCGGACCUGUUUUAUUGCAGAGGCAGCGUAGCCAAGUCGAUAUUAAGGAUCGUGCACGUGUAUUGAAGCGGAAGAUGAUGAAAGCCGGAACGCCUCUUCCUCGGGGGUUCGAAAAAGUUGGGAAUUUGAAGUAUUGA